CUGAGAUAGUGAUAAAAAGAAGAAGAAAAAAUUCAAAACAGACAACACUUGUUGAACUUCAGUGGGAGAAACGAUAUUGAAAGGUGCACGUCAACGAUUCUGACAAUUAUUUCUGAACGUGUUUCGAUUUUGACUCGAGCAAAAGUCAGAGCAACAGGUGAUGGAAUCAAUUUCGUGAAAACAACAAGAAAAGUUCUACCUAAGAUCUCCCAUUAGUUUCACUAACUUCAAAACUCCACCGAGAAAAUCAUGGUGUCGGUUUUCUUUCUUUUGCAAGUAGUGUGCCUCGCCGCUUCUGUAUCUGCAGCUUGUCUGAAUAAACAGGACAAAUAUGUGAGCGGGGAUAACACAGACUUGGCAGCAGCCCUGCGAUUUCUUCAAGACAAUGAUCGCCUGUCAGAGAAAAUUACCAAUAAAGGUGUUAUUGCCCAGUGGAAUUACCAGAGCAAUCUGACUGAACACAACAAGAAGGAAUUCUUGCGGAUGGAAGAAGAAAUGGCAAAAUUCGCCAAAGAAACAUGGAGAAAUGCCACUUCAUUUGCAUGGAAGAAUUUUAAGGGUAAAAACGAAACAGCCUACAGAUGGUUCAAAGCUUUAUCGGUGUUAGGAUCUGCUGCUCUUCCUGAAAAUAAAUUCAACGAGCUUGGCAAUAUUAAUGCUGACAUGCAAGAUGUAUAUGCAAAGGCAAAAGUCUGCAGUUAUAUGUCAUCCCUCUUGGAUCCUUGCACUUUAUCUAUUGAACCAGAACUGACUGAAAUUAUGAAAGAAUCUACAAACUAUUAUGAGCUGAAGCACGUGUGGGCUCAGUGGAGAGAUGAGACAGGUAAAAAGAUGAAAAACAAAUUCCUCAGAUAUGUUGAGCUAUCUAAUGAAGCAGCUUGCAAAAAUGGUUUUUCGGAUGCUGGAGAGAUGUGGAGAGAAGAAUUUGAAACAGAUAAUAUUACAGAAGAAUUUGAUCAAUUAUGGGAAACUAUUAAACCAUUUUACGAGCAGUUGCAUGCUUACGUUAGGCGUAAAUUAAUCAAGGAAUACACCGACAUCCACAUCAAACCUGAUGGUCCCAUACCUGCUCAUCUGUUGGGAAAUAUGUGGGCCCAAACUUGGGGCAACAUCUACCGCUUUGUCGCACCCUAUCCCAAGAAGAAAGCAGUAGAUGUGACAGACACUAUGCUUGAAAAGAAACUGAAUGCUCGGGAUAUGUUUGAAGUUUCUGAAGAGUUCUUUACCUCUCUCGGCUUGAUACCAAUGACACCUACAUUCUGGAAAAAAUCAAUCAUAGAAAAACCUACUGAUCGAGAAAUGGUGUGUCAUGCAUCUGCGUGGGAUUUCUACAAUGAUGGUGACGUGAGGAUCAAAAUGUGUACCCGAAUUGACAUGGAAGAUCUUAUAACUGUGCAUCAUGAGAUGGGCCAUGUGGAAUAUUUUUUGCAGUACAAGGUGCAACCUGUGGUAUUUAGAAAUGGUGCAAACUCAGGCUUUCAUGAAGCUAUUGGUGAUGUCUUGGCUUUAUCUGUAGCUACUCCUGAUCACAUGAAAAAAAUCGGAUUGUUGAAAGAAGUCAAUCAUGACCCAGAGGCAGAAAUAAACAAUCUGUUAAAAACGGCUCUGGAUAAAAUAGCGUUUGUACCAUUUGGAUUUCUAAUUGAUGCUUGGAGAUGGAGAGUAUUCGAUGGUUCUGUUAAGACUAAUCAACUCAACUCUGCAUGGUGGAAUUUGAGGUUAAAAUAUCAAGGUGUUUGUCCACCUGUCUUAAGAACUGAGAAGGAUUUAGAUGCUGCUGCAAAAUACCACGUAAUUGCAGAUGUUCCAUACAUUAGGUACUUUGUAAGUUUUGUGAUCCAGUUUCAAUUCCAUAAAGCUCUUUGUGAUGAAGCCGGAUUCAAAGGACCUCUGCAUAAAUGUGACAUUUAUCAAAAUAAGAAUGCUGGAAAACUACUAAGUGACACGUUGAAAUUGGGAAGCUCUGUAUCUUGGAGAGAAGCCAUGAAAGUAAUCACAAAGGGAAAAACGGACAAGAUGGACGCAUCUGCUAUCUUGGAAUACUUCAAGCCCCUCUAUGAUUGGCUCAAAGAUCAAAACAAAAAUGAGUACAUUGGAUGGAAAAGCAAAGAUCCUAUGAUGUGCCCAUAAUGUUCACAGAACUAGCAAAACUUAUUUAUUAAUUUGUUACUAACGAUAAACGUUGUAUCAUCAGUACUUUUCUUUAAAAAUCAAUUUAAUGUUUUAUAAUACAUGGUCGCAAAAAUAAAGAGCAAUUUGAGAGGAAGGAGA